CUUUUGCUGGUGGUCUACUUGUUAAACCAGACCAUAGUUGUGAAUUUAACAAUUGAAAUCUAUCGUGAAAUUGAGUUUUAUGGAUUCGUUGCAGGUUACAAGUUACAACAAUGUCUUUCAUAACAACGCCCCGACGGCACCACUUUCCGUUUCCGAUUAAACAGGUCACUCUUGACGUCCCUAUUCAGUUGAAGUUUCUAUUCCCGUCAGCAGAACCAUUGCAUAGCCCAUUGGAAUCACGUUUUCUAGAUGAAUUCGACCAAAUUGAGCUACUCAGCAAAGGAGCAUUCGGCCAUGUUUACGAGGCUAAAAAGAAUAUGGAGAACAAGAAAUACGCUGUCAAGUGCAUUAAACUCGGAAAAAAUGACGAAGAAAUGGCGGAAGUUACGAGAGAAGUUGAGGUAUUGUCAGGCAUAAAACAUCAUAAUAUUGUGUCCUACUACACUUCAUGGUGGGAGAAUCAUCCGCCUCCAGAAUGGCAGGAUAAUAAUCGGGACGAGGAAAACAGUGGCUAUUCCAGUGAAAGUGACGAAAUCAUUUUUGAUUCAAAACGUCUCGAAGAGGCGAAUCAGCUUUACGGAAAUGAUUCUGUUGAAUCUCAGUCGGAUGAUUUGGCAUUGUCGUCCGAGACAAAAAAUACUACUGAUACUAACCAGGAUGUUUCUUGUCAUGCUGGAGCAACAUCACAAGAUACGGAAUUGUCAGUCCACCCAGCGCAAAAUUACACUUAUCUUUUCAUCCAAAUGGAACUGUGCCAAAAAGAAAAUUUGGGUGAUUGGUUAGACUUCCGACAGCCAGCAGAAUUGAAAGUUUACCAAAUGUUUCGGGAAAUUUUGUCAGCAGUGAAAUAUCUCCACAGCCAGAAUUUGGCCCAUCGCGAUUUGAAACCCAAUAACAUUUUCUUCGAUUUCGAUUGGUCGAUUAAAGUUGGGGAUUUUGGUUUGAGUAAAAAAAUGACUACGGAUCUGGGUUCCCAAUCCGCCAGUUUAGCCAUUGAACAAACACAAUCGAACAGGUUCGAUCCCCACACCAAUUAUGUUGGCACUAAACCUUACAUGGCACCUGAGCAAGAGAAUUCCCGGACGUACAAUCAUAAAGUGGAUGUCUAUGCCUUAGCUAUAAUCCUCUUCGAAAUGAAGAUGGAUCCAUUCAAAACUGACUCUGAGCGUGCAACUUCCAUUCACAAAUUGAAGUCCUUCCAGCUUCCGUACAACUUUGAACCUGACACUAAUUUGAAGGAGCUACUCUAUUCUAUGCUGUCUGUUGAUCCAGAUAAACGGCCGGAAGUCAAAGACAUCCUUUUAGAGUAUUUCCCCAAAGACGUUAAACAGUCCAAUUCUCGUCCGGUUAAGCCACGUAAUGCACCCUCACCCGCACUCGCACCAAUGCGACAUGCUGGUGAUGUCUUCCAUUCAAAAUUGUUGACGCUGUUCUUGAGUCGAGGUAUUCGACGUGGCUAUCAAUUUCAACUGGGAGCUGACAUGCCCGGAUUGGGUGGUAAAUUUGACGACUUAAUUUUCAAGUAUUGCGUCAAUUCUUCGAAUGCUAUGAACCCCAGCUGGCGUUAUCGAUUUGUGCAGAUCAAGUACAAGCAAGACGAAGCGUCUAAGAUAACAGCAAUCCAACUGCUCAAUAAAAAUUUAGGUGAUUUUAGCUUGGCGAAAUAUUUUCGCUCGUACCUUCACAUAACAAGAGCAGGAUAUGAUAUCCACGACUGCCUUAUUUGCACAAAUGUUGGCUUUAAUGUGAAUAAUUUAAUCACGAGCGGCCUUCGGCUAGUCACCGUCAAUCCUUCAGACAAAAUCUUAACUUUUAAAAAUCCGUCAAGAGGACAGAAAUCUGCUUCCUACCGACUACAAAUCACACCCCGUUUACGUCAAAAGCUCACCGCAAAUUGGUCAGAGAUUCACUUGUUGGCUGAAACUUUGGUCCGCUACGCCCAAACUAACAAAUCUCUUGCAUUGUCCCUUGACAUAUUUAAACACAAUCACGUUGCUUUGAUCAACGAAAGAGUAAUCGAUUUGGAAACAAAAAAAAUUCAUUUAGAUUUUCUAAAUGAUGCAAAUUUGUCAUCUGGUGCUAAGCACCUACGUCAGAUCAUCUUUGAAUUGAAGAUCAAAGAGGAAGAUUUGGUCAAGUGGAAAUUUAAACUCGGCGCCAACUUUGGGAAAGGUAACAAAAGCGCAGUUGAUUAUUUGCCACAUACGGUCACAGACGAAGAAAUUGAUGGAUUUUUCGACAAGCUCGUCUUUGCUGUUGACAUGCCCAACAUAGCCAAACUGGAUCAAAUCCUAACUGACGAGAUUGGUCAACAUUUUAAAUUACUCGGACCUCACAUGCUUCAAUCAGUAUGGGAGCUGUCGCAUCGGAAAUUCCUAUCGUCGGAAGAUGGACAAAAACUGAUGGAAGAAAACAAACAAGCCAUGAUUUUUAUUCAUUUAAAUGCGAUUUCUAUCGACUAUCGGGAUCGUCUUUGCAAAUUUCACAGUCAACACAAACCAGAGGAUCUUAAGCAACUGAACAAGGAACUGAAGCAAUUUUUGUAUCACUCGACUGAAAUCAAUAUUCAUAUCUUGCGUUUAACUACGACAUAUCCAAAAAGCACGGCAGUUAAAGUUUUUUCGGCACUAAAAAUUUUUCGAGAUUUCCGGAAAGAAACUACUUAUUUGAUCGCGUCUUCAAAGCGGUUUGAAGACAUUGACGAGAUGGAUCGAUGGAAAAAAGCUCUAGAAGCUGGACCGUAUCGACUUUUAAUCAUCGUUUGCAAAGAUAGCGUUCAAUUUCAAGAAAUAUAUCACAAACUGAUUCUUCAUGAAGCAUUGAAGAAAAAAGUCAUCGUUAUCUGCAAAAAUCAUGAAUCGAACGCGUUGGACAAUGGCCAAUCAAAUACGCAAACAACAGCAGAUGGAUGGAAGGAAAUCAAAGAUCAUCCAUAACCAUUAUCGAUGUUCCAAUGUAUCCACAACAGCGUCGAACAAACAAUCAUGAAGCAUAUCGUCCUAUCUCUAAAUUGCUGACAGAGCCUUGCAACACAGAAAUCGCUGGCCUGUUCAUCUAAGGAAAAAUGAACGAAAAUGUUUUCUACUUUCAAAAGAUGGUGCCAAGAAGCUACGACAUUAUAAAAAACCAAAAGGUGCCUUCAAAUAACGAAGGCUUUUCCGCCUUAGUCGUACACCUUAGUCAAGUUUACCAGUCAAUCCUGCCAUCACGUAGAUUGCUUAAUCCCCAGCACAUAGCUGGGAUGCAGUUAUCUUUUCAUAAUUCGUUAUUAACUCUCUAUUCUGUUUAUCACCCUACCAAAGAUAUUGAUCCGUUGUUGGAAUCAGUUUCAACCAAUGCCAACAUGAUGCUUUAUACUAAUCCACCUGUUAAUCACACAAACGACCGAGAUUACUAGUGCAAAAACGUAGCAUCAUGAAACGGAGGCGACAUUCGACACGGAGCAAAUGUACACAUCAGUAACUUGGAACGCCUUGGGACUCAACGUGACAACUCAUGUUUUGGUUUUCGGUAGCGGAGAUUGCUCACGUUGCCAUUCGCAAAUCAAACGUUCAAUGUUUUUCAAACUGAAAUUUCAGUUUGAAAAUCAUCUUUCGCUACAUCGCCAUCGCAUGAGUACCUUGCGCCGCGAUGAAAUCUUCACUAGAAAAUAUAAAUUCCUUAUAAUUCGUGCAUUUGCUUCCAGGGGGCACCACGCCAAGAUAGUGUUCCCGACACACCACUGACAGUAUUCUUUUGAUUAGAUUUAUUUGUUGAAUUACCUGAAUAUUGUUUUCAAUCGCAUAAUUUACACUAUAUAAGAUAUUCCAAUAUUUACUCUUUUUAAUGGGAAAAUUUUUGUUUUAUGAGUGAUCUAUUUCAGAUAUUUACUAGGCCAAUGUGAC